UUUCAGAGAGCGACGCCCUCCCUUUUGCAGGCAAACUUAAGCUCCACCACUGAGAUAGCCAAAGGUGCUCUAACCGCAGUAUUUUGCCGCUGCGAAAGUGGGCUAUUCCCUGCAGUCAGUGCAUUAGUUGCAGUGGUGUGAUGAAUGGCACUGUUCUUCUGUCCUUAACAAAACCCGAGGCUGUUUCGCCUGCUCCAUCACCUACGCGUGGACAAGUCACCGCCGUUUGUUCCAAGGGCGCUUCCGUCUUUCCCUUUUCCUCGACGGCCGGAGGCUCCGCUUAAGGCGGGUCAGACGAGCUCUACCCUUGGUGGGGGUCGGGACAAGAAAAGCCGGCUCGGUGUCGAUCACAAAAAAAUCCCGCCUCUCCUCCCAGCAUGCCCUCCGGAGGCGGAAGGAAAAUGGCUGUCGCCACCAGCGGACAGUGAAGCAGUUUGGAGACCAAAAGAAUGCUGGCGUUACAUCGGCUCGUCAAACGCUUGCAAUGCUGGGCGCCCUCUGGGCAACGGCGCAGCAAAAUCCUCUACGGGCCGAGGCCCUCCCGUGUCCCGCUUCCUCGCACCCCCUGGACUGUACGCGGGCCGCCCCCAGGUGCGCGGUUGCCCUGGUACUUACGGAAGCCACCGCCGGUGCGGGAACAGCUCCCCGAGCUCAACGCGGUGACGAGCGAGGGGAAAAUGUACUACGUACCUUGGCUAGCCAAGCCUCGCUUUCCGAAGUGGAAGCGAGGAUGGCACGACCCCUAUCACAGCUUCGGGGCCCGCGUCGAAGAGAUGCCUGGCUACAAGCAGCGGCCUUGCUACAUGUUUCACCCGCGUACUCGCAUGCUGGAAGGUAUAAAGCAGGCAUUGUGGCUAACCAAGACAAAGCUAAUAGAAGGUUUACCUCCACAAAUACUUAGCAUAAUGAACGCCCCAGCUAAUCAAUGGGAAAAUCAGGAUGAGAUAGUCCAAAAUGCCAUUUCUCAUGCACGCUUCUGGGUUAGCAGUGAGGAGGAUAUCACAGAAGAAACCUACUGCCCUGUACUUCUGGAAGACUUACUUCACUUGUGCAGGAUGAUGACUGCCAAAUACCCCUCAUUGGGUAAAAGAAUGUUGGCUCAAGACUACAGAGUGGCAGCUACAUGGGAAAGAGAAUCUAUUCUUCUUCAAGUUCGUGGUAUCAGUGGGAAGAUCAUGAAUGCAAUUAAUCCUCUACAACCAAUAGCAUCCAAAGAUGAAAUAUUGGCCACUGAAAACCAUGUUUUAGAAACUUUCUAUCCUAUUGCGCCUACAAUUGAACUUCAAGAAGUUAAUGUAUACGAGACAAAAAAUGAUACAGGUUUCAAAGAAGGCUACCCAUAUCCCUAUCCUCACACUGUGUAUAUUGCUCAGUAUGACAAAAUAAUAAAAUUUAGAUCACCACAGCUGCAGGCCAAAAUGAUGAUGUAUGCUUUUGGAAAUGCUCUGGCGAAAGCUAAGGAGCUAUAUGGGGAUGAACCAAGGGUCUUGGAGAACCCCAUUGUCAUACAGAGUGUUGCUACAGAUGGCCAGUGUUUCCAUUUCAUGGUGUUCCAGCUGAAUACAACAGAUCUAGACUCUAGUAAUGGUGUUAAAAACUUGGCCUGGAUGGAUGGAGAUCAGUUUCUAUAUCAGGAUGCCAGGAGUCGCCCAGUAAUCAAGAAGAAAGUUGUCCUGAUUCCUGCUGGAAUACAUGGCUAUCAGCCAAAUACCUUCAAGAAGUUCCUGGCAUUUUACUUACAUGGUGUUGUGUGAACAGGCCUCUGGAAGUCCUGCCUUUAUCGUGUUUCCUCCUGUAAUAUUACACUUGCAGUACAGUUAAGAGUUAGAGGCUAUUAAUUAAAAAUAAAGAUU